CAUCUCCAGUCCGUUGCGAGUCGUUGGCAGCCUCCAGUCGUAGCACGCGCGAGUGAACCACUUAAGAACCGGAACAGUGAGUGGCAUGUGAUGGAAGAACAACAAUGUUCGACUACUACCGCCACGAAGCCUCCUCGGACGGGUGUCUCUCCCCGCGGGUGUCCUCCCCCGACAGCCACUACACCCUAACCCUUUCCAGCCCCAUGUCGAUCUCCUCGGACCCGGGGAUGUCCUCGCAGCCCUACACCCCCAACUACUACAAGCAGGACUCCUCCUGGGGCCACUACGGCGAGAACAACAACCUCUACGAUGGAUACAGACCCGAUCACAACCCCUAUGGAAGCCAGGAGUUCUACAAGACUUCCUACAGCUGCAGCAAGUACAAGAAGGAGGCCAAAAAAGGGACUUCCUCCCAAGCUGGGCUUGAAGUGAUGAAGAAGAGGCGACUCGCGGCUAAUGCAAGGGAGCGGCGGAGGAUGAACAGUCUCAAUGAUGCCUUCGACCGCCUCCGGGACGUGGUGCCCUCCCUCGGGAACGAUCGAAAACUCUCGAAAUUUGAAACCCUUCAAAUGGCGCAGACGUACAUCGCCGCCCUUCACGAACUCCUUCAAAGGGACUAAAUGUGAUACUGGUUUGUUAUUUAUUUAUUUAUUUAGUUAGGGAAGGACGAAACUUGUCCGAAAACGGGCUCGGGAUUUGCCUACAACGUGCAAUAUUAGAUAUUAAGAAUAUCAAGACGUGCAAUAUUUUAUGUCGAUAUUUUUAAUUGUAGUUUAGUGGUUGAAUGAAGGACGGAGUUUGUGAUACGCGUGUAAAUAAUUUUAAGAGUGCGAAAGUGACGGUUGAAGGGAUUUGUGCAAUUAUGGUUUAUUUUAUUUAAGCACCCAGUAUUAAGGAGGAUUUUGUAGUGCAAUAUUUUGGUUUGUUAUUUUUUUUUCAUAGUUUUAUUUAUUUACUUGUUCCUUCUUGUUCUCUCAGUUUUUGUUUUUAUUUAGAUUUUAUCUUGUAAUUAUGUACGAUAGUGUAAAUUAUAUGAGCGUUUUAUGUUCCUUUUGUAUUAUACUUUUUACCAAAUGUGUAUCUCAGUAAGUGCAAUAUUUUUAAUAAAUUUGAUGUUUUA